GGCAUUGCCAUGGGUGGAGUUCGCGCAAAAGGAGGACCUGACAGUUCGUUUGGGCAACAUUUUGCAUGACUACGCCUUUGGCCCGGGUGUUUUUCGGGAGCUGCUGCAAAACGCGGACGACGCCAAAGCACGGCGCUUUGCACUUCUCGCAGAUGAUUCCUUCCACUCUGGCCAUGCGGGCGCGAGGAAUCCAAGCCCAACUGGGCUCCUGGAUCAGCGUCUUGCUGCUUGGCAGGGUCCCGCGGUUCUCGCUUACAACGAUGCCUCCUUCUCGGACGCUGACUUCGAGGGCAUCCGCCGUGUCGGGGCCUCUGUGAAGAAGGAGGACCACUCCAAGAUAGGACGCUACGGCUUGGGCUUCAAUGCCACGUACCACUUGACUGAUGUAGUGUCCUUCGUUUCCAGAGAACGCCUGUGCAUCUUCGACCCGCACCGGGCCCACCUUCCGUCAGAUCUGCCAGGCCUUCAACUCACACUGACGGCAGACACCAGGGCGCAGUACUCCGCACAGCUGGAGCCAUUUGAUGCAGCAGAAGCGUGCGUCGAUGGUGCUGGGACGCUUUUCCGCCUGCCCCUGAGGACGCCAGAGCUGGCGGCAAAGUCUGCCAUUUGCAAGCAGGCUCACAGCUUCCAAGAUGCUUUGGCCAUCCUGCGAGAGUUUUUGGCCUCUGCUGGGGAGCUUCUGCUUUUUCUGCAGUAUGUGGAGGAGUUGGAGGUGUAUGUACGGCAGGCACCUGGUUGGAAGUGCCUUGGCAGUGCCAAGAUCCAAAUGGCCUGCGCAGCAGCCAGUGAGCGCCUGCGGAAGGAACGGCGCAUGCUCCACAAUCUGGUCGAGGAGGAGGUGAGGGCCCGGCGGACGGGCUUCAUUCUUCCGAUUGAGAUCUUGGGAGACGCAGAUGGCGGGUCUCGAUUGGCAGUGUGGCUGGUGACCCUGCGUGCGGAGCCAGCUCAAUGUAUAGAGGCCCGGCUUGGAUCUGCUUUUCCGGAACAUGUGGAAGCCCGGAACAUGUCUAUGCAAGAAGACUUCCCUUCUAAGGCUCCUCCUGGGCAUCACGUGCCCAACUUCCGGAUGGCUGCCGUGGCUCUUCCUUUGCUUCAGGGUGCGGGAUCUGAGACGGACGCCUUCGGGCAAGCCUAUUGCUUUCUGCCCUUGUCCAUGGCCACGGGGCUCAACGCGCACGUCUCCGCCAACUUCGCGCUCACGGCCAACCGUCGGGACCUGUGGCGGCGCAGCGAUGACGAGGCCUCCAGCGAGAGCAGCUUCCGAGCCGCGUGGAACGAGGCGCUCCUGGAGGGGACCUGCCCCAAGGCCUACUGCGACUGCAUGGAGCUCUACGCAGCCUUGGCACUCGGCGCGGAGCCACCCUUCCCAACAGACCUGGAUCUGCCACACCCCAUCAGCGUCCAAAGCAUGUGGGCGGUUUGGCCGUCAACGGGCUUGGGCCACUUUUCGGAGAUCCCGCGCCUGGUCAGCCAGGAGCUCGUGGCCAGGGAUGCCAAAGUCUUUCUGGAUGCCGACGCGAAUUUCCUCAGCGCCAAGUCGGCGCUGCUAUACCCAGACGCCCGCUACAGCAAGCUGGACGCGUCCUUGCGCGCAGCCAUCAGCCGCCUUUGUCUUGCAGGAAGGCGACGGAGGGUGGUGCAAGUUCCUGAGGCCUUGUGCGAAUUGCUUGACAUCAAGGGUGUUACCUGGCUACAGCCGCAGUCCUUGUCCAAUAUGCUCAAGGGCCUCGACACCAAAGUUUCUGCUCAGGAGGCAGACUGCCUGGUUGACUACCUUUUGUCAGGUGGCAGCGGGCCGUUGUCCUUGCUUCAUGGGCUGACGCUCUGUCCGCUGCUGUCGGGAAAGCUGGGCACAUUCUGGCCAGCUGGUGAGCAAACGCCAGAGUACAUGUGGUCUGAAGACCCGAGCAUGCAGGAGCUUGUGAACAAGGAGUUCGUGGAUCCCAGCUCCGGCACCUUCGCUUUGCUCAAGCCUCGGGUCGCAAACUCUCGGCUGAACCUGCGGCUGCUCAACAGCAGGGCGCUGCCAUCUCUGGUGGAGUCAGUGCUGCCAGCAGCCUGGCGCCACAAGCGCGAAGUCAAGCUACUGGCGGACGGCAGCAUUUGUGUGGACGAUGCGCCAAACCCCACGUGCCAACCAACCCCAAAGCUCCAGAAGGUCCCAAAACCCAAGGUCCAGAAGCAGAACUUGCGCUACGAGAGCAGAAAAAGAUCUGGCUACGAGGACUGGGAUGACUACGAUGAUGAGGAGGAUUACCCGGAAAACGCGCCAGCGCAGAAAUGUCCACCAGCGCCGGAUUUCAGUGAGACGAAACCCAUGGUAAGUGUAAACAAAGAAUCUGAGCUGGAAGUGGUGGUGCGCAAGUGCGUUUUGCUUUGGAAGUUGGCAGAAGAUGUGAGCGACAAAGGCAGCAAUCCGGUGCAGCACUUGCAGGACUUCCCAUGUAUCCCGGUGAUAGCUGAAAGAGUGGGAGUACGGCUGGUGAGCAUGCAAGGUGCUGCUGGUCUGCUGUCAGUGGAAGACUUUGCGUCCGAGGAGGUGAAAGUUCUGGCAGACUUCGGUGUGCUGUUGGCGCGCCCUGGGCCAAGGCUCAGAACCGCGCUAGGGGUGCACCGCUCCGCGGCCCUCGCUGCGCUGACCAAAGCCGUCGAGCGGAGCAAGUCCAAGCCGCCUCUCAAGCAGCGGUGGCACCUGGGCUUGAAGGACAUGCGCUUAGACCUGGACAAAGCCUUGCCACUGAAGCGCCUUGUGAGCUCCAUUGCCCUGCGUGGCACCAGGAAGGACAUGGAGCGGUCCCUGGCGUUGCCCAUCUUUGAGACCUGCGGCCCCUUCGCCGUGCCGAUGCUGCCUGGCACUUGCGUGAUCACACCCAGCGCCGAGUGGGAUGCCUGGCUGGAGCCCCAUGUGGGGGACUUUCUGAUCAGCUGGACUGAGACCGCCAAGACCACGCUCCGCGAGUUUGGCAUCCAGCGCAGUCCCCUGCCCGAGUUUCUGGCCCGGGUCUGCGCUCCCCGUGCAGGGCUCUUUGACCAGGAGCUGUCUUUGGCCUUUCUGGAGGCCGUGGCCUCUUUGGGCGCUGCGCUGUGGAAGAAGAACGGGGUGCAGAAGGACCUCGCAGCCAUCGCCACUGCCUGCGAGGCAGCACCUGUCGUGGUUUUCCCGAACCGCCGCUGCAGAUGUUGCGACCUGGUGGACCCGGCCGACGCCGACCUCCAAGAGAUGUUGCCCGACUUCGCCAUGCUGCCUCCACCUGAGUAUUGCAGCCCAGUGGUACUUUCUGUUCUGCGACGGGCAGGCCUGAAAAGCCUGGCGGACGAAGACGUGUUCUUGACUGCGGCACGGCAUAUCGAGGAAAAUUCUGGAAGCGAUGCAUUUGCCGGAGGUGCUCUUCUCAAACAGCUAGCAGCGCGCUUUCAGAGUCUGAAGUGGACAUCGCGAUCUUUCACCUCUCUCAGCAGGCUUCGCAUUUUCCCAGCUGUUGCUUGUCAGGGCGCCUACCCACCCAAGGCUGCUUCAAGCACAAUGACGGUUGCCCUGGAUUCACCCUGCACGCUUUUCCAGCAUGCGCCGAUUGCAUUUACCCAGCUCACGCUGCUGCACCCUUCUUUCAACCAAUGGCCUAAGCCACUGCUGCAGCGCUUCGGCGCUCUCAAGGACCCGCCGCCUUUGCCAGUGGUGGUGGCCAACCUCAUCGAGGUUGCGCGGCGCUGGAAGGAAGCGGAGGCGGCAGAAACGGCAGAAACGGCAACCCGGCAGGGCAUCGUGGAGAAGCACCUGGCGGCUUUGAAGUCUAUGUCCACACGCAGCCACGCCACGCAGACUGGGGUCCAACAUAGCCUGUGCACUAUCAAGUUCCUGGUGUUACACGAUGGUUCCCUGGUGAGUCCCUGCGAGACCUUUGAUGCCUUGCAUGACGGGCGCGCAGAAAGCUCUGAUGAGGACGACACAGAUGGUUUGGCCUCAAAGGCUGCAAAGUCAAGCAAGAAGGCGAGAUGGGGCUUGCCGCAGUAUUUGCGGCCAUAUCGCCGACUCCUGCUGGGCAUUGCCGGGCCUGCUGUGCAGUCUGUCCAGCAGCUUCCAACAAUUUAUGUGCAGCCAGCUCCCAGCAACCCUGUGCCUGAUUUCAUCCAGGCCUCCUUGAACCGCCCGGAGUUGGCUGACGUGAUCUUCGUCGUUGAUCCUCUGGGCUCCCCUCGCAUGCUCUAUGCACAUCGACUGGUCCUUGCCGCGGCAUCUGAACACUUUCAUGCUGCAUUCUCCACCUAUGCCGAGGCGGCGGAGGCACGCUGCCGCGUGGAAUUGCCUGAUUGGGUUCUAGCCAGGCCGAUGCUUUGGAGAUGCUUGCAUACCUCUACCAGGGCUAUGAUGCCGCAAAAGCCCAGCAAGUGGCCUUCCGGCUGGGUCAGGACGAGCACCAUGGGCCGGGAUUGUCAUUCAGAAGGUCGAAUAGGCGCCAGCUUGUUGACUCUGAGAUGGGGGAGGAUAUGUGCUGCUUACUACGACUCUCUGAAUUCUAUCAGCUGGACCACUUGAAGCAGUGGGUGGAGAACGAGCUUUGCAAGCUGCUGGUCCCAGAGAGUUUGAUCGCACUGUCCACGCACGCGUAUUUCUGCAAUGCCCGACAGCUGCUUCGGGUCUGCGUCUACCACUUGCGGCAGAAGUAUGGCGAGCUGGUGGGAAUCGAAGAUUGGGAGGACCUAGAGCCAGCGAUCAAGGAGUUGGUUUUGGCGGGCGUCGCCCCAACUGCCACUGAUGCUGCAUGAUGCUGCUGCCCCAGCGGCUACCUAGCUCAUCUGCGUCCAGACGGCCAAGGGCCGGCAUCCGUGCGCUUGUACAGUGGCGCUCGCUCAAAAGGUGCAGCCUGCUGCUCGGUACUCUUCCAUGGGAUCGGGUG